AAACGCUAACGCUUCUGGUUAAGCCCAGGACACUGCCAUUCUACAGGAUGAAGACUACUUGUUGCUUCCUUCUCCUCAUCCUCCUCCAGCUGAUGAUCCCAGGGACUGUUCCGUGUUCCUUGGACUUCAUUCUGGAUACAAAGAUAAAGGAAACCCUCAGUGGCUUAGAGUUACAUCCUUCCCCAACACGAAGGUUGUCAUGUGUCAGUGUCAAGAACUCAGGCAGAGUGUCCUCCUGCCCUGCAGGGAUGAUUGUCACUGGCUGUGCCUGUGGCUAUGGCUGUGGCUCCUGGGAUGUCCAGGGCGAAAAUACAUGCCACUGCCAGUGCAGCACUAUCGACUGGACCACCGCUCGCUGCUGCCACCUGACCUGA